AUGGUAAUCCGCUCGACUAUAUAUGCGGCGGUGUCCUUUUUGCCGUAUUCUGACCGUAUCCCCAGUCCGAUCAUUAACAUUUUGAAAGAGGAAAAGCCAGCAGAGGAAGAACAACCGCAGACACCUGAAAAACUCCCUGAACCGCUUAGCCCACGCGAAAAGAUCCACAAUCGCUUACUUGACAGAAGAUCGCAACGCUCAGAGAGAAGCGUGUACGAUUCUGGGUCGCUCACAUUGGCUGAAAAUGACACGUCCAAUCUGCCUGUGCCUUUGCGUCGCUCAAUCUUGUCGGAGAAAACAGAGAGCGACAUUGUGAUGCAAAAGUACUUGGAAGACCAGAAUUCCAAGUUCGAUGAGCUCAUCAACAAGAAUUUGGAUGUGGUUCUAGAACAGCAAAACAAAUUUGAAGAAGAAGCUCAUUGGAAAAGCCUUGUGAUGGAUUUAACUAAAUGCGCCUUGAGCAGUGAUCCUACAUCGACAAUGCCAGGAGCAUUGCUCAGAGCAGUAAAACAUGCUUGGCCAUUUAAAAUGGGUGCAACAGAAGAUUCUUUUGAUCUGGCCACGAGAGAGAGGCAGAUACGAUUGGAGCAAAUGUUGGAUCUGAUGGACUAUAGAACCAAAGUGGAGCUCCUACGGAAUUUGUAUGUAGAUCUUGGAAUUCUGGAGCAAAAGGACGUGCUGCAAUUAUCACAUCUUCAUCGCCCAGAAGACCCAGAUACCUUGCUCGCCAAGAUUGAACUACUAUCCAUUUUGUCAGUGCGACUUGCGUUUAUCGCUAUCAGAUAUUUCAUUCCAGCCACCAAGUCCUUAUAUGCAAAAUUCAAGACUGACGAGCUUUUGUUGUUCAACAGCAAAAACCUUGAUAGAUUAAUGACCCGCAUGAUCAAGACGUUAGAAAUGGUGGAGGGGAAACUACUGGAUUCAGAUGCGAAAAGCGCCUUAAGCGAACGAAGCAAGGGGAUCCAACCAGGCGACGAUACGUCUUCGCCAAAGGCAAGCGAAGAAAUGAGAAGAGGAGAGAGCAACUCACGCAACAAUAAGAUUUCAGACGCUGGACGUCCGCCUUCUUUAUUGGAGGUUGCGCAACAAUUCGCUCAUGAGAUGGAAUAG